AUGUCGUCACUUCUGGGUGACAUGAUCAUACGCCGUGUGGGACCACAUGUUUGCCUCUCUGGGUUUGGAAGUGGAUGCUGCCCUGGGUGGAUACCAUCUCCAAGCAGUGGACAGUGCACCCUGCCACUUUGUUCCUUUGGCUGUGGCAGUGGUUUGUGCAUUGCUCCCAAUGUCUGUUCCUGCAGAGACGGAGGACAGGGCAUUACAUGUCAAGAUCCCCCUAGUGCCUGUGGAGAAUAUGGCUGUGAUCUUGCUUGUAACCAUGGCGGCUGCCAGGAGGUGGCACGGGUGUGCCCACUGGGAUUCUCCAUGACAGAGACUGUCAAUGGUGUUCGGUGUGCAGACAUUGAUGAGUGCCUCAGUGCCUCCUGUGAAGGCCUGUGUGUGAACACUGAAGGAGGGUUUGUGUGUGAAUGUGGCCCAGGGAUGCAGCUUUCUGCUGACAGACACAGCUGUCAAGAUGCUGACGAGUGCCUAGCAACACCCUGCCAGCACCGCUGCAAGAACAGCAUGGGCAGUUACCGAUGUUCCUGUCAUCCUGGUUUCUACCUUCAUGGAAACCGGCACUCCUGCAUGGAUGUGAAUGAAUGCCGCCGGCCCAGUGAGAAGCGAACCUGCCAGCACUCCUGUCACAACACAUUGGGGAGUUUUAUAUGCAGCUGUCGCCCAGGCUACCGGCUCAGUUUGGACAGAGUGUCCUGUGAAGGUUUUUCAAAGACCAGCCUGGCCCCAUCUCCAAUCCUGCAAUCUCUCCAGCAUCCACCAACUUUGCUACACCUUUCUCCAGAGUCUGUGCCACCUCUUCAGCCUCCCAGGGGCUCUCCUCCUUCCCGAGCUCCUGCUCCUCACAGUGUACCCAGAACUCAGUCCCCUUCCCUUGUCCUGUCCACUUCUUCUACGCUUCCAUCUGCAGUCUCUACUGCUCGUGCAUUCUCUGCACCCAGUCCUUCCCUUGAUGCAUCCUCUUUGCUAAGAACAGCCAGGCCCUCUGUGAUGACGAGCCAUUUGCCACCAUCAUUGCUACAGGAGGAGGUUACGGGCGGGCAAGUGCUGUGUAUAGCAGUGACAUGCCAGGUUACCUGCUCCCACCCAGUUCCUGCAGUGGAGGGGAAGUGUUGCCCUAGCUGCACAGGCUGUUUGUAUGAUGGGAUUGCCAGAGCCGAGGGGGAUGUUUUUGCUCUCUCUGAUGAGAACUGCACAGUCUGUGUCUGCCUGGCAGGCAAUGUAUCCUGUAUCUCUCCUGAAUGUAUACCCACUCCAUGCCCCAGCUCUGCCCAGACGGACUGUUGUCCUUGUCAGCCAGCAGAAUGCCAUUUCCGUGGACUGACAUAUCCAGAAGGCGCUGAGUUCAGCCUGGAUGGAGAUGACUGUACCACCUGUGUGUGUAGGCAAGGUGAAGUUGACUGCUCCUUCAUUCCCUGUCCCACUCUGGAGUGUCCCCGAGAUGACUGGCUGCUGGUCCCAGGGCAGUGUUGUUACACUUGCCGAAAGGCUGCACCCAUGACAGGUUGCUUCGUGGAUGACAAUGGAGUCGAAUUUCCAGUCGGACAGAUUUGGUCACCGGGUGAUCCCUGUGAGUUAUGCGUCUGCCAGGCAGAUGGUUCAGUGAGCUGCAAGAGGACAGAUUGCCUGGAGACAUGUCCUCAUCCAAUACGGAUCCCUGGCCAGUGCUGCCCUGACUGCUCAGCAGGUUGUACCUAUGCAGGCAAGAUUUUUUACAACAAUGAGACAUUCCCAUCCAUCUUGGACCCCUGCCUAAGUUGCAUUUGUUUGCUGGGCUCUGUGGCCUGUUCUCCCGUGGACUGUAUUGCCUCCUGUACAUACCCUUUCCACCCUGAAGGGGAGUGCUGUCCCAUUUGUUAUGAUUGCAAUUACAAAGGAAGGAAGGUGGUGAAUGGACACACCUUUGUACCAGAGGGUGAACCCUGUAUUCAUUGCACCUGCCAGCUUGGAGAGGUGAGCUGUGAAAAGAGGCCCUGUCCAAGCUCCUGUGCAGAGCCCUUUGCCCCUCCUGUGCAUUGCUGCCCAGACUGCCAAGGUAACGAGGUGACAGAUGCCCUGGCCUCAUUGGAGAAUAGACUAGCCACCUCUCACACAGAGGUUGGAGAGACAGAGACAGCCUUGCAAUCCAUUCAGAGACAUUCCAUGGCCUUGAUACCUGAAGACAACUGCAGUCUCUGCAACAACACCUCUGUACCUGCCACACUCACUCCAGGGGUGCGUCUUGCAUCAAGCACUGCACCUCCUUGGGAGACUCGGUAUGUGACCUCAGCUACACCAGGAAAUGUUGGGCUUCAUCAAAACAGACCAGAGGAUCUCUCCAGGCUGAAACUCAACAGACCACCAAGUGUUAGACCUCCUCCUUGGCUAGGCUAUCCUGCAACCCCUCGGAUGAGGUCGGGAGGCACUCUGCCACUUCUAAAUAGAGCAGCAGGUGUCAGGUCUCAUCCCACCAGACCAAGCACUUUUGGUUCCCCUUCAGCUCAUCGUCAUCAGCCUUCUUUCAUUACAAGGACAUCUGGAAUAUCUGUGCUCUCCACUGCUGUUUAUACUCCCACUUCAUCUAGUGUAGCUAACCACACAGAUCCCAUAAGUGGCCCUGUUGGUCCUUCAUAUGCCCCCAACUUUCCUGUGCCACUUCCACGGUUAGCAAGCCCCACUCCGGACUCUCCUUCUCAAGAACUUCCUAGAAGCCCGUCUCCCACAACUAAUUUACCUGUAGGCCAGCAAACUGUGGAGAGCAGCCCUACAUUGUCCCCUGCUGAUGAAAAUAGCAUCAAUGGCACAGAUCCAUAAAGGAGGAUCUAUUUUGAAUGGGAGAAAUCUAACCAC